AUGCCGCGCAAAAUUCUGGUUGUUGGUGCGACGGGUAAACAAGGACGGGCUAUUAUCCAGGCCUUCCUAACGCCAGGGGAGACAAAGCUAGAACAUGAAUAUCAUAUCUAUGCGCUCACGCGUAACGUCAGCCGACUUAACUGGGCCGACGAUCCGCGACUGACAGCAUUGACGGGAGAUCUCGACGAUGCUGAAUCGAUAGUCCAAAUCUUUAAAAGGGCUCAGGCCGAUUCACAUAAUCUUGAGAGCCCUGCCGGCUUCUGGGGAGUGGUGGUGAUUCUAGCAUAUCCGGGUCUGAGCACAAAUGCAGAUGGCGAGGAACGGCAAGGCAAGAUGCUGGCCGACUUGGCCCUCGAAUACGGAGUACAAUCAUUUAUCUACUCGAGUGGAAGCCGGGCCGGGCCGCAAUACGAACAUCUCCUUACUCUUUCGGGAAAGGCCAAAGCUGCAAUCGAAAACCACUGUAAAGACCUUGGAUCCAAAGGCUUGUCCUGGACUAUUAUUCGUCCGGGAUUUUUCAUGGAAAACUUCAACGACCUAUCCGGCUCCAUUCUAACCGCAAUAUUGAAGGCCGGCUUGAGCAAAAAUACUACUUUCGGCUUGGUCGGAUCCAAAGACGUCGGCAAAGCUGUUGUGGCUAUAUUUGAAAACCACAAAAAGUUUUGUCACAAAGAACUUGCUAUUAUGGGACAAGUCAGCACGAUCUCUGAGGUCGCCGCUGAUUACCUGACAGCAACCGGACAACACCUAUCUUUAACUCCAACUCUUUUGGGUUGGACUCUCCUUAAAUUGAAUUCAGGAUUGCAAGAUUUGAUAAAAAGCUUGGAACGCAGCCAUCGUGCGAGGAGCCAGGGCGAGUAUCCAAGCUUUCAAAGCGAGCUUGAAGCUGGUUGCUCUUUGAGUCACAUUCAAACCUACAGCGAAUGGUUGGCCCAAGACGGAAGGCAGGAAUCAAAUGCUUGGGGCUGGAAUCAGGUUUCCUUUGCAAAACUGUUCACGGGUCGAUCCUAG